AUGUUUCUUGUCCCAUUGUCAGUAAGAAACAAUCUGAACUUUCUUGUAAGGUUUGAUCCAAAAAGGAGUAAAAUGGUUGUAAUAGGUGAUGAGCUAAGCAUACUUCUGUGGAAUGAGGAGUAUAUAGAACUAGUUACUGUUCCACUCCUGGGCCGCCGGGAAGAAACUUCUGUUUCCAAAGCCUUACCUGUUAUAGACGCAGCUAUUUCCGAAAGAGACGACGGCUUACAUGUGUUUGCUAUAACAGCAACCAAGCUCUAUCACUUUACGGAUGGAUUGUCUUCGUUCAGUGAGAUGGCACACAACUUUUCACGCCCUGAAAUCAGCGCCUGGGGACAGACUGUGGUGAUAUUUAGCAGCAACUCGUUCUACUUACUCACCGAGAGUGGAUUUAAAAACCUGCGGAUUUCCCCGUACUUCCGAACUAUAGUCACCUAUUCUUGUGGAAGAACGUCGAAUACAGACAUAAUUGUUUACCAGACAGAUUCUUACACAAGUAUUUAUUCUACUGAUGGUAUACCAAUCCUAAAGAAGUAUCCCUGCACGCAGAAAGCAUUUAUAAGCGACAAAGGAGUAGCUAUUCAAAAGAACAACGAGAUAUUUUUGUAUGAUGUGUCGGAUGGAGUUGAGCUUCUUGCAAGAAUAAAUCCUAAUGUAAGGAUAAGCGCCAAAUGGAAGUAUCUGAAGUAUCAGAACAAUUUACUCUAUAUGAGUGGCAUCACCAAUAGCGGAUAUAUUCUCUAUGUUGACGGAUAUUUGUUUGAUACAAACGACCUUGUACAAUCCUUUGGGUCCUACAGAGGUUGCUUUAUUGGCGUUAGUUCUUCUUUUUUGUAUUUUCUACCCAAUGACAAGGAUUUCGACUUAAAACUCCUAGACAGCGAAUACAGAUUACUGAACAAUGUGCUCAAUGGAAACUUCACUCCUUACACGUGCCGAAGUUUCAAGUUUUCCAAGACAAAGGAGAACUCCUGGGACUUAGCAGAGGAGGAAGGCAAAGAAAGAAAGAUAGGAUAUUUCUUGGGCUUUUUGGUGUACUGUGGGUUCAAAGUCGAAUGUUGUAAGUUGAUCUGCAAUACGCUCAAUGAAGUAGAGAAAGACAGUAAAGCCAUUAAAAAAUUGAAGGUUCUUAACGAGGCCAUGAAGUUUGGACACAGGGUUUAUAAGAGAUUUGUGGGCAUGAAUGUGGAUAUAGAGAAGAUAUAUGGAAAGAUCACCGAGAUAAUUCACCCUCAAGCCAUCAAUGAGGAGCUCCUAGUGGAUAUGGCGGAGAUUUCAUUCAGGAAUAUUGAUUUUAUCGAAGUUCCUAGAUAUUUCCUUCUCCAGGGAAGAAAGCUUAUGGAGCAAGGAGAAGAGUUUAUGGAACCUUUUUACAAGUGUACUGGGCUGUUUGACGAUGUGGUGAGGAUAUUGGAAAAAAACGAUAAAAUAGCCGAAAUUAUACUCUUGUGGAAGAAGACCGGGUUCGGCAGAGACUCUUCUCUUGAGUGUAUUUGCAAACACAACCUUGCUUAUCUUAUAUCACAAAAGCAUGCUUAUUCCAUAGUCAGUGGAUGGGAUGUUCUUAGAUGUCUCUGUGAAAUGUGGAAGAAAAGUAAGGAUAGAUGUAAAGCAUCUAGGGAUAUAGUGCAAUUUAUAGGCGGGAGAUAUGAUUUAUUAGUUGGAUGCAUACUCCCCGAAUCGAUGAAAACAUUGAUGUCUUCAGACAUGGUGGAAUAUUUCCUCAAAUAUUCUCCAGGAAUUGAGCAAGGUAUAUCAUUCCUCCUAUCAAAUGGAAGGAGUACAGAAGCUUCCGCCUUGUAUUAUCAUUUGCUUAUCACCACUGGGGAUCGGACAUAUUUAGACGAGUCUCUUAGAAAUAUUUAUGACAAGGUCUUUAUAUAUAGAAACAAAUUUGUUGGCAGGGAAAGCUUGGAAGAGUUAAAAAAGAAAGAGGAAAUGGACUAUAGACAGAUCAUCUUGGAUAACACUGAAAAGAUCAAAAAGAUGAGCUCGGGAUGCCUAUGGACUAACGUCUGCACGGCGGAACAAUAUCCUGAGGAGUAUAGCCAGUAUCUCCAGCUCCUCAAGAAGAAAAUGUAG